GUCUCCUGCUACUGUGACAGGCCAUUUGUUAGGUACAUACACCUGGGCUUAAAGAUUCUUUUCUUGGAGAGCAUAGCAACAUCAGUCAAGCCACUCUUUGGAUCUCUACUUUUACUUUUGGAUCUCAUUCUACUUCGCAUCUUGGAUAAUUGUGCCACAUAAAUACUAGUAAGAUGGAUGAGUUGGAUGAGACUCAGCUGAAGAAUGAGGUGGACAGUCUGAAACUUCAGCUGCAGAUCACGAGAGAGAAAUCCUCUGUAACCAUCCCUGAGCUUGUUAAAUGGAUUGAAGAGAAAAUGGCUGAGGAUCCUUUUCUGAACGCUGAGAUAAUGCGGGACAACCCAUGGGUGGAGUCAGGGAAGUGUGUCCUGCUGUAGUAACAGCCAGCCACUGACCACAAGGACUACAGCAGUGGCUCCACCCUUUACUGAACAUAUUUGCAUUUAUUUGCUUUAUUUAUUUAUUUAUCAACACUGCAGGCAAAGUGUUUUAGUCAAUAUUUAAUCAUUAAUAUAAACAGGUGAAAUAGUUUGUCACAUCUUUCUAUCAUGUGGUAUUUUUAUGCAAAGAUGUUCCCACUGUACAUUUAAAAAAACUGCUUUGCUGUUAGUUUGUUACUUAAAUGCCCGUAACUGAGUGAGUUGUGCUGCUUCAGUGAAAUACAGUGACUUGUUUGCUCAAUGAAACCUUGUUGAGUAAAACUCAACAUCUUUCCCAUUGGCUCCUGGCAUCAUCAAUUUGCAUAGUGUUUUACCCGUUUUACUCACCCUCUUUCCCUUGGCAUGCCUUCCGUUAUGUGUGUGUCAUUCUUAUGCCCCCGUAGCCUUGUUGUGGUUGCCUGUAAGGGUGGGUUACCAUGUACUUUUCUGCUGAGUGUGUUAUUACAAUGGUUGGGUAGUACAGUAAUUUAAAUUGUCUUAAUUAAACCCAUGAUUUGUGUUGCUGCCUCUGCUUUCAUUAGUUGAACCGUGUUAAUGUGAAGGUGCAAGUACUAUGGUCACCUGCCCUGGUCCUGAAUAUCUACCUUCAUGCAGAUUCUAGUUCCAACCAGAAUCUGCCACACCUGAUCCAGCUACUUAACAUCUUCAGAAGACCUUAACUGGCUGGAUCACUGGGGUGGGCACUGGGGUUUUAUCAUUAGCACUUAAAUCACGUUUGUGUGAUUUAUUCGAAUUAAUUUAGUACAUUCACUUAGCACAUUGCUAAAAUGUUUAAGUAAAUUCAACAUUUAAUUGUUUUUGGAUUGCAAAAUUACAGUGUAAAAUGUUUUU